UGGGCGCACUAGUAAAGAAAGUAGCGUCAUUAGAGCGCCGUAUCAAAAUGUUGUCAAGUUGGCACAUGGAAAAAAGGUAGAAGAAACAAUAUUUGUUUUAGCGGUCUGUUUACACGUUUAAAUAGCGAGGCGGAAUAUAUAUAGACUACAGCACUGUUUGAGCGUGUGAACCCACGGGCUCACUGACACUGAUAGGCUAGAAGUCUGCACCAAUGUCGCGUGCAUAUGAAACAAUGCGCUUACAUUUAACCUGGCCAUUGUUGAAAAAAAUCGUCACUGUACCAAAAAUAUGUUUCGGUUAUUUAAUAACUAGCCGCUGUGGUGUCAAUACUUGCUGUAAGCCUGUAAAGAGAAGAAAUGAAAGGAACCCAAAACUACCAGCUGACUGGCACACUCUUUCUUGGGAAGAAAGACUGGCUGACACUGUGACUCCUUUGUGGAGAAUGAAUUAUGAGAAGCAGCUCCAGUGGAAACAAGAGCAGCAGCACAAAAUCUUGCUUGAGAUGACAAAGCAACUAGCUCUGGAUUCAAUGCUCCCUUUUUCAAACGACUUAAGAUUCCCUCUCCUAUCCAUAGUACCCUCACCAGUGAGAGAUGGAUACCGCAAUAAAUCAACCUUCUCUGUCAACAAAGGGGAAGAUGGGAAUCCAAAAACUGUUGGAUUUUAUAUAGGCAAUGGAAGAACGGGUAACAUAGUAUGUGUCCAUGGUGACCAUCUCCUGAACAUGCCUUCAAAACACAGCAUGGUUGCAAGGUACUAUGAAGAUUUUAUACGACGUUCACCACUCCGACCAUGCAUUUUGUUUCAUGAUGGUGGCCACUGGAGAGAAAUCAUGAUAAGAACCAAUUCUGCCGGUCACACCAUGGCCAUUGUCUACUUCCAUCCUCAAAACCUAAGGCCUGAGGAUAUUGGCAUCCAUAAAGCUGCUCUGGUGGAGUACUUCACACAAGGUCCCGGAGCAGUUUGUCAGCUGGAUUCUCUUUAUUUCCAGGAGAGCACAAUGACCCGUUGCAGUAAUGAACAAUCCCCCUAUCAGCUUCUGCACGGACAGCCCCAUAUCUUUGAGGAGGUGCUCGGCUUCAAGUUCCGCAUUUCUGCUGAUUCUUUCUUCCAGGUGAAUCGGGGAGCAGCGGAAGCUUUGUACAAAACUGUUGCGGAGCUGAAUCGGGCUUCUGUUGGGGGCACACUGCUGGAUGUAUGCUGUGGUACUGGAGCCAUUGGCAUUUCGUUAUCCCCACAGAUGGAGAGAGUCAUUGGCAUAGAGCUCAUUGAGCAGGCGGUCGAGGACGCCAAGUAUAAUGCAGCAAUAAACAGAGUUCAUAACUGUCAAUUUCUCUCAGGCAAAGCAGAAGUUGUUCUGCCAAAUAUGAUGCCCACUUUGAAUUCUGAUGGCGGACUGACAGCUGUUGUGAAUCCGUCCCGGGCUGGCCUACAUUAUCGAGUUGUCAGAGCUUUGAGGAACCACCCAGCCAUAAGAAGGCUUGUCUAUAUAUCAUGCAAACCUGAUGGGGAGGCAAUGAGGAACUUUAGAGAGCUCUGCUCUGGUUAUAAGAGAAAAAUCACUGGUGAAGCCUUCAAACCAACUGUGGCUGUCCCUGUGGACCUGUUUCCACACACUACUCACUGUGAACUAGUGCUUGUUUUUGAGCGAUAGUGAUUGUUUCAAAAAAAAAAAAGUGGCUGCUUUUCCAGUGAAUGUCUG